AUCAAUAAUCCCUCUACGACGCCGUUGUAUACGUUUGUGUGCAAGUAAUCACAGCCCCAUCACUCCACACUCUUCCUCUCUUUGUUUUCUGUCAAACCAACCAAAGCUCAAUGCGUAUCUUCAAUAGCAGCACUUCCCACUCUUCCAAGAAGAAGGAGGAAAAAGAAUGGCUAGGAGCAAGUUUCAAGCCAGAGAAUUUUAUUCCUGGAAUAGUUAUUGGUUUCAUUCUUGGGUUGUUGUUGGAUUUGACUAAGCCUUCCAAAAGUAGUACUAGUAACACUUUGAAGAAGACUAGUCAUUUGCUUAGUAGAAAUCAUCCUGAAAAGAUUUUGGCCUCAUCUAAGGCUGAUGAAGACCUCAAAAUGGUAUUAGUUGUCAGACAAGACCUGAAAAUGGCACAAGGAAAAGUUGCAUCUCAGUGUGCUCAUGCUGCUACUGGCAUGUAUGCAGACCUUAUGCAAAGUGAUCGGUAUCUUUUGAGGCAAUGGGAGCAAUGCGGACAGCCCAAAAUAGUUGUUACCUGCAAGAAUCAGCAAGAAAUGUCGCAUCCGGCUCAAGGACAGUUCUUGCAGUUGGACCAGGUUUUCAUCUACGUAGAAUGCUCACUUCUAACUAGCCAGUUCUAUGGCAGUCAGAAUAAACUUCUGCACAUCCUAACCACUUUUGUUGACAGUUGUAAGAUCUCUUUUAGAACAGUCCCCAAAUCAUCAUUUGCUCUUUUCAUAAAAAAAACUGAAAUGUUUAAAUUCCAUAAUAGGUUUUUAAAGCUAAAUUUCAUUAAUAGUUUAUGAGAUGCCGCAAAUUUAAUUCCAUCACUUAAACAAAAGAAAUAGUUGGAACAACCUUUUUGACGGAUGUUAAGAGAUUAUUUCAAAAUGUUGGGGAACAGUUAAUAAAAAUCCUAUGAAAGGGGAUAAAACUUGUGCAUUGGUGCACCUUUCGUACAAAUCAAAUAUGUAUUUUGUUAUUCUUGAGGAUACUCCUUGUUUUACACCUAUUAUUUUGUGGGAUAGCAUGCUAGCUCGGUUGGUGUUUGCGCCCAACUUGUACUCAAAUCUCUUUGGUGCGAUGCUCAA